AUGCGCCGUCGAAACCCCGCAGAAGACAGUUUGUUGCGAGGAGCUGGCUCUAUGCUUGGCUCGGUGUAAUGGGCAGAGCCGCGUGCGGCCGGCCGACUGUGACGCGGGAGUGGAGGGGGUAGCCGCGGCGGGGCUGGCGGGUCAUUCACUCCGCAGUCAGCUGUUGGUGGCCGUGGUGCGAGGUCGACCCAGCUCCAGCUCCAGCGAGCCUCCAGCCAGCAGAGAGCAAGAUGGCGUGGACGAGUCACGGCUUGCUGCUGGCAGCGCUCGUGGCGGCGGAGCUGUGUACCAGCUCGCCGGUGUGGAUGCCGCAGUUCCUCUCGGGCGGCUACGGGCGCAACAUCCGCCACUUGCCGUGCCUGAGUCGGCGCACGGGCGAGGCGGGCACCUGCAUGUUCGCAUACGCGUGCAUGAAGGCCAACGGCACGCACCUCGGCACCUGCAUAGACCGCUUCUACUUCGGCAGCUGCUGCCGCCUGGAGGGCGAGGACCCGCUGCAGCUGCUGGACCACAACCAGCAGGACAACCACAUCCUGCCCAUGUUCCCUCCGCCCUCCGCGCGGCCCCCUGCCUCGAGUCCCGGGGCCUCUGCGGGCCCGCCCGGGCCGCCGCCCACACAGCCGCAGUACCUGCUCACCACCUUCCAGACCGUCCACGAGAACACCAUCGAGGGCGAGCCGUCACUCUCCACUGCUCUGCUGGCCGCCACACCACCUCACACGCGAGUCAGUCCCGUGCCCACUUCUCCCAGGCCAGGACCUUCAGGCUCCACUGCCGAGAGACCGGCCAGUAAGCCCGCCAGGCCACCGACAAAGCCACUUACCUCAGUCAGGCCUCCCACUAAACCCUCCACAAAAAGACCUAACAUUUCUGUCCGACCCCCUUCGGCGCCCACAUCCCCACCUAGACCCAGUUCUGGAAUGCCGCAGAAACCUACCACCAGGCCAAACACACACAAACCAACCAACUCAAAACCAGCCGUAACAACUAAACCAGUAAUAUCGAAUUAUCCUUACACUAGUAGGCCAACUCCGACUAAACCACUUGCUCCUACAAAUAAACCUCUUGCACCUACAAAUAAACCACUUGCUCCUACAAAUAAACCACUUGCUCCUACAAAUAAACCACUUGCUCCUACAAAUAAACCACUUGCUCCUACAAAUAAACCACUUGCUCCUACGAAUAAACCACUUGCUCCUACAAAUAAACCACUUGCUCCUACAAAUAAACCACUUGCUCCUACAAAUAAACCACUUGCUCCUACAAAUAAACCACUUGCUCCUACAAAUAAACCACUUGCUCCUACAAAUAAACCACUUGCUCCUACAAAUAAACCACUUGCUCCUACAAAUAAACCACUUGCUCCUACAAAUAAACCACUUGCUCCUACAAAUAAACCACUUGCUCCUACAAAUAAACCACUUGCUCCUACAAAUAAACCACUUCCUCCUACAACUAAACCACUUUCUCCUACAACUAAACCACCUCCUUCUGUAACUAAACCAGUAGUCAAGCCCAGUUCUAGUAACAAACCACUUGUUAAACCACAAAUAUCCACUAGCAAGCCACUGAUAAAACCAUCCUACAAUUCAAGCAAGCCAGUAACAAAACCAUUUACCUCUACACUCAGACCAGUUUCAAAGCCCACACAGUCUACAAAGAAACCCUCAACAAAGCCACAUUCCACUGCAAAACCAGUCUCUAUUGCGAAACCAGUAACUUCUUCUGCAAAACCAGGAACAAAUCAAAUAUCUUCCACAAUGAAGCCAGAAACAAAACCCACAUCUCAUAUACCAAAACCAGUAGCAACACUUACGACAUCAUCUCCAAAACCUACAGCGAAUCUCCCUAACAAUACCUCUAAGCCAGGAACACAACAAACUUCCACGGAGAAGAUUGUAUUGGAGCCGCAAACUACGACUGAGGAAGUGAACUUUGUGCCAGUGGCAAUCAGCACAGUUUCGUCGGGGGAGCAGGCGACCAGCAGUCCCGGCACCACCAGUGCCACCGGCACCACCAGUGCUACCACAAUGAGCACCUCCACUUCCGCAUCGCUUGUGACAUGGACCCUGCUGCAGCAGGGCACCAGCUCCCCACACACUUCCACAGAGGGCGUGGACUGGGUGAAGGUACCUUCGCCUUCGCAGGAGCCCGCAGUCACCCAAGUCUCAGAUGCGAGCGAGGAUUCGACCACUCUAGCGGGGGAAGCAGGCACUACAGAGAAACCCGAGUCAAUCACACCGAGUUCUACCAACUCCGCAGAGAUGACGACAACAUCAACCACGGGUGUUGAUGUUCCUGCGCUCAACACAUCGGACUACAGAGAUGUCUGCGGGCGGCGCAUGUUCCCCGAGUCCAGGAUAGUGGGGGGCGAGCCGGCCUCCUUCGGCAAGUGGCCAUGGCAGGCGUCGCUGCGGCAGUGGCGCACCUCCACGUACCUGCACAAGUGCGGAGCCGCGCUUCUGAACGAGAACUGGGCGGUGACGGCGGCGCACUGCGUCGAGAACGUGCCCCCGAGUGACCUGCUGCUGCGGCUCGGCGAGCACGACCUCAGCUCGGACGACGAGCCGUACGGCUUCCAGGAGCGCCGAGUGCAGAUCGUGGCGUCGCACCCACAGUUCGACCCCAGGACCUUCGAGUACGACCUGGCGCUGCUGCGCUUCUACGAGCCGGUGGUGUUCCAGCCCAACAUCGUGCCCAUCUGCGUGCCGCAGGACGACACCAGCUUCGUGGGGCGCAGCGCCUGGGUGACGGGCUGGGGCCGGCUCUACGAGGAUGGUCCGCUACCAAGCGUGCUACAGGAGGUUCCUGUGCCUGUAAUCAACAACACCCUGUGCGAGACCAUGUACCGUAGCGCCGGCUACAUCGAACACAUUCCUGAGAUAUUCAUUUGCGCCGGCUGGAAGAAGGGUGGUUUUGACUCUUGCGAGGGAGACUCGGGAGGCCCUAUGGUGAUCCAGCGGAAAGCGGACAAGCGCUGGUUGCUCGCUGGAGUCAUCUCCUGGGGCAUCGGCUGUGCGGAGGCCAAUCAGCCUGGAGUGUACACGCGCAUCUCCGAGUUCCGCGACUGGAUCAACCAGAUCCUGCAGUUCUAGCCGCGCCCACUGCAGGCCUAGCCGCGCCCACUGCAGGCCUAGCCCCGCCCACUGCAGGCCAUCACUCCACCCGAGGAGAGAGACUUGUGCUCAGUCACUCGCAACAUCGGCUGUGCGGAGGACAACCAGCCUGGAGUGUACACGCGCAUCUCCGAGUUCCGCGACUGGAUCAACCAGAUCCUGCAGUUCUAGCCCCGCCCACUGCAGGCCUAGCCCCGCCCACUGCAGGCCGUCACUCCACCCGAGGAGAGAGACUUGUGCUCAGUCACUCGCAACAUCGGCUGUGCGGAGGACAACCAGAUCCUGCAGUUCUAGCCGCGCCCACUGCAGGCCUUUCCCCGCCCACUGCAGGCCUAGCCCCGCCCACUGCAGUUCUAGCCCCGCCCACUGCAGGCCUAGCCCCGCCCACUGCAGGCCGUCACUCCACCCGAGGAGAGAGACUUGUGCUCAGUCACUCGCAACAUCGGCUGUGCGGAGGACAACCAGAUCCUGCAGUUCUAGCCGCGCCCACUGCAGGCCUUUCCCCGCCCACUGCAGGCCUAGCCCCGCCCACUGCAGUUCUAGCCCCGCCCACUGCAGGCCUAGCCCCGCCCACUGCAGUUCUAGCCCCGCCCACUGCAGGCCUAGCCCCGCCCACUGCAGGCCGUCACUCCACCCGAGGAGAGAGACUUGUGCUCAGUCAUUCGCCAUUACCGAUUUUUUUUUAUUUUACAGUCAGUAUUACAAUGGUUUUUUUUUACCUUUGUGUCACAAAAUAUACUACAUAUUUAAAAUAAAGUGCAAGAUUUUCUUAUACUUUUACGCAAUGGAAGUGAAGGUAUUUUCAGUUUUAUAUCAGUUUCCGCGAAAUUUACUUAAACCACAUUUGGCAUUAUGGUGCAGAUUUCUUUUUAGAAUUAAAUUAUGAUAUUUUGAAGUUCAAAUUACUUGUUUUGUUAAUAUUAUAAUUGAUUAAUGCUGUGUCGUGACAAGAAAUAACAAUUGUAAUCCUAAAAAAUUAUUAUUACUAAAAUACAGAAUUUAUUGUUUUUUUCGUAUCAAUGCAACAAAUAUGUACUAAAUUUUAGUGAAAACAUUACAAAAAAAUUUGCAACGAAUUGUUUAAAUCGUCUAUUUGUAAAAGUAAAUUAAAAAUUUAUUUUUCUUGGUAGUAAAUUAUAACCAUUAAGUACAAACAGUGAUGUGUAAACUUAUAACAGAACUGGAAAUGUAUGCAGGUUUUCUUAAAAGAAUUUGAGACAUAAGGAAACUUAUGUGACUUAAUCCAAAUAUUUAUUCUAAACUUCUGUUAAAAGUCGUAGGCUAACAUAUUUUUCUCCAGAUUAUAAUUGAUAUGAAAAAAAGUUAAGAAACUUUCACAUACAUAGAGUCAAUAUUUUCAUGUAUGUUAAAACGAGACUGCAUUUAAACACUUGACUUGAACACAAAAAUCACACAUUUUAUGUAAGGCAUGUAUGUUGUAGAUGUUAGGAGAGAAUAUGCCAAAGUACGCACUUGACAAAGUGGUUUUAUUCCUUUAGAAACUUCUGAAAGACAAACUGUGCCAUGGUUUCAUUUGUCCACCCCGAGGUUGUGUCAUCUCGUUCAUGUAUGUACCUGUUAGGUUGAUGUGUGCCGGAUCACUACCAACUGAGAGCUUCGGUGUUCAACGAAAAGUGGCCGGAUUCCCACAGAUACAACGAAAAUGUGUUGCCAUGUGACGCCGAAAAGUGACUUUUAAACAAAGAACAUGAGCAUGCCACACACUGUGUGCUGUCUGAAACAGCUUAGUUAAAAACAAUGUUGGUCCCGUCCAAUGGCUUGAAAGUGCCGUUACAGACAGUUAUGACUUAUACACGUGAUAUUAUUUUGUAUUUAAACUAUUUAUUUUAAAAAUAUUUUUAGUCUAAUCUAAUACCAGAAUUGUAUGUUUGUUAUGUGUUGUAGGUUUAACUUGAAGAUAAAUGUAAGUAAAAACAUUUUUAUACACAAAUGUGAUGUAAAAAUAAGGCUGAACUAUGGUGAAGUGAGCGAUGAACAUUUUGUCAUAUUAGUUCAUACAUAUAAAAUUACAAUCAUUUUAUGCUAUGUGUUUUAUAAUAAUUUACAAUUAUAUUAUAUGCUCUAAAGACAAUGUUAUUUGUGAACAUGGGCUUACUAUGUCAAUAAUUAUUGUAGUUUAUCUUAUUUUUAUUAUAGUAUUUAGAAAAUAUUUCGUACGGAAAAAUAAAUUUUUACUUCUAAAAUAUUAAAAUAUAUUAAUAAAUGUAGUAAUUACGGAUAAUACAAACAUAAUUAGGCCCUGUAGCCAAUGGCAUGUAUUGUGCAGAUUUUUUGAGGCUCUUUAGAACCGUAUAAGUGGUCUAUUCAUACUAUAUGUAGGUGUUACAUGUUUAUGGAUUUUAAGGAUUGAUGGUCAUUUUAAGGAACUAAACAAACUAAUGAAUUGUUAUUUUAAAAUUAAUACAUAUAUAAACAGGUUCAUUGAAAACAUUGUAUGACUCACUGCCACCACUUACUGCUACCAGUCGUAGCCGUCGUGCCAGAAUACUGCUGGAUAUUAUGCAUCACUCACAGCAACCUCUUACUGCUAAUCAGUCCCAUUCUUCGAACCAAAAGUCUGCUAAAGAGUGACACAUCACUCAAGACACAUCUUACUGCUACAGUCCCAAACAUCGUGCAAGUAGUCUGCUGACGAGUGACGCACCACUCACUGCUACCUCUUACUAUCAGACUCAGAGUUAUUGCCAACAGUCUGUUGACGAGUGAGCAUCACGCACAGUCACCUUUUACUGCUGCAGUCUCAGGCGUGUGCUAGCAGUCUGCUGACGAGUGACGCAUGACCCACAGCUACCUCGUACGCUACCAGGCCUAGCUGUUCUGCCGGCACUCUGCUGAUGGGGUGGACAGCUGCGCCAAGCACUUGGGGCUAGACUACUUUUGCGGUUUCGUCUCCUCAUUUUAUAGGGGAGCAUAUGCAUCUUAAUGUUUUUAGUCGGCGUUUAUUUCGUGCAAUUCUGACUCGGGGAUGAACCAGUGAUUUGUUAAGAAACUUUUGUGAGAAUAUAGAGCUAAGAAGAUUUUUAUUAAUCACAUUACCAAAAUAAAAUUAUCCAUGCACACUAAGUGUUUGAAUUCUUUGUGAGCCAUUUAAAUGACGUCAUAAUUAUAUGUGCAUUAUAAAUUAUCUACUCUUAAAACUAAUUUCAACAUGAUACAUUUAAAUAUAAAUUUGUAACUUGUUAUCUCAUUCGUAAAUAUAGUCAAAUCGUUUAAUCUAAUAAACUGGGAAACAGAUAUAUAUUUUUUUGAAUCGAUAAUUCAAUUUUUUGUUUGUCCUUCGGGGAAUGCCGUAUGCGUAAUAGCAGUUUUAACAUGUAUUUCACGUCUAUACAUAAAUUAAUUGUGUUAUUGGAGAUCUUAAUAUUAUAUCAGUUUUGUGUUGUAUGUUCCUCUUUGUUGUUAUUUAGUUGAUUAGUUAUUUAGAAUAAAAAACUUUUAUUGGCAGUGUUUUCAUAACUUUGCGAGUUACGUUUUAGGAUAUUUUUAGGUAUCUUAUUAGUAAAAGUAACAUAAAUUUAACGUUUUAAAAAAAAAUUGUCAGUUAAAUGACAUCAAUCUGAGCAAGGUUUUUGCUUCAGGUUUGUAAACAUAAUUAAUGUAAUAUUUUAUUGGGAAAAAAGUUUUUGUUGACAGUGGGAUUUUGUAUUUUUUUUUUUUUUUUGCUUGGCUACGAAUAGUUGGUUUUCUUUGAAUCAAUAAUAAACCCGCAGUAAUAGAAAGGCCCAAUUAUGACAUCACUAAAGACAAAUAUCUAGGUUAGAGUAUGAAGGUAAAUGAAUUUUUCAAACUCCAUUGUUAUUUUUGAAUGUUUUUCUUUUUGGCUUUGAAUAAUUAGAAUUAAUUACACGAAACAGGUUAUUAUGCUUUACUGAAUUUAUGUAUCAUUUUUAUAAAGAUUUAUUGUAUAUACAUUGCAAGUGAUUUUUCACUCCGUCCAAAUAUCACACUCAAUGUAUAUUAUAGUUACGUAUUUGCAUUGUGCCAUGCAAAAUAUUAGAGGGAAAAAUUCAAUGGAGAUAAAUUUGAGCCAAAUUGUAAUUGCCAAUAAUGUGAUUUUAAUGAAUAAAAUAUUUUUAUGAAA